ACCGAGCCAUUCUACCUCGUCGAUCUUCACUAGCCAGUAGCCACUGCAAAUUAAUUAGCCUUCCAGCGACAAGCGAUCAACAUUUCCAAAUCUUCACUCCAGCUAGCAGAAGCGCCAUCACACACUUCUCUCUAAUCAUCUCACAUACACAGCCUGGUUAAUUAGAGGCGCCAAUUAGUUCUCUGCUCCUGCAAAGCUGCAAUGGCGUGCGAGAAUGGCCAGGUUGCCGCCAAUGGCAUUUGCACGGCGAUCCAGCACGCCGACCCGCUUAACUGGGGGAAGGCUGCGGAGGCGCUGACGGGGAGCCACCUGGAGGAGGUGAAGAGGAUGGUGGCGGAGUACCGGCAGCCCGUGGUGACGAUCGAGGGCGCCAGCCUGAGCAUCGCCAAGGUCGCCGCGGUGGCCGCGGCCGGCGAGGCGCAGGUGCAGCUCGACGAGUCGGCCCGCGAGCGCGUCAAGGCCAGCAGCGACUGGGUCAUGGACAGCAUGGCCAACGGCGUCGACAGCUACGGCGUCACCACCGGCUUCGGGGCCACCUCCCACCGGAGGACCAAGGAAGGCGGCGCUCUCCAGAGGGAGCUCAUCAGGUUCCUCAACGCCGGCGCAUUCGGCACCGGCUCUGACGGCCACGUUCUGCCCGCAGGUGCCACGCGUGCGGCCAUGCUCGUCCGCAUCAACACCCUCCUGCAAGGAUACUCUGGGAUCCGCUUCGAGAUCCUCGAGGCCAUCGCCAAGCUGCUCAACGCCAAUGUCACCCCGUGCUUGCCGCUCCGGGGCACGAUCACCGCAUCCGGGGACCUGGUCCCGCUAUCCUACAUUGCUGGCCUCGUCACCGGCCGCGAGAACUCCGUGGCGGUCGCACCUGAUGGCAGCAAGGUGAAUGCCGCUGAGGCGUUCAAGAUAGCCGGCAUCCAUGGUGGCUUCUUCGAGCUGCAGCCCAAGGAAGGUCUUGCAAUGGUAAACGGCACGGCCGUGGGUUCUGGCCUUGCGUCGACUGUCCUCUUUGACGCAAAUGUUCUUGCGGUCAUGGCUGAGGUUAUCUCAGCCGUGUUCUGUGAGGUCAUGAACGGCAAGCCGGAGUUCACCGACCACCUGACCCACAAGCUGAAGCACCAUCCAGGACAGAUAGAGGCUGCCGCCAUCAUGGAGCACAUCCUGGAGGGAAGCUCCUACAUGAAGCUUGCAAAGAAGCUCGGCGACCUCGACCCACUGAUGAAGCCAAAGCAGGACCGGUACGCGCUCCGCACGUCCCCGCAGUGGCUCGGGCCCCAGAUCGAGGUCAUCCGUGCCGCCACCAAGUCCAUCGAGCGCGAGAUCAACUCCGUCAACGACAACCCGCUCAUCGACGUCUCCCGCGGCAAGGCAAUCCACGGCGGAAACUUCCAAGGUACGCCCAUCGGCGUGUCCAUGGACAACACCCGCCUGGCACUCGCCGCCAUCGGCAAGCUCAUGUUCGCCCAAUUCUCGGAGCUCGUGAAUGAUUUCUACAACAACGGCCUGCCGUCCAACCUGUCCGGCGGGCGCAACCCGAGCUUGGACUACGGCUUCAAGGGCGCCGAGAUCGCCAUGGCCUCCUACUGCUCUGAGCUGCAGUUCCUGGGGAACCCGGUGACCAACCACGUCCAGAGCGCGGAGCAGCACAACCAGGACGUGAACUCGUUGGGCCUCAUCUCCGCCAGGAAGACCGCCGAGGCCAUCGAGAUCCUGAAGCUCAUGACCUCCACGUUCCUGGUGGCCCUAUGCCAGGCCAUUGACCUGCGACACAUCGAGGAGAACGUCAAGAGCGCCGUGACAAGCUGCGUCCGGGCGGUGGCCAAGAAGACCCUGAGCACUAACUCCGCUGGGGGGCUCCACGUGGCCCGCUUCUCCGAGAAGGAUCUGAUCCAGGAGAUCGACCGAGAGGCGGUCUUCGCGUACGCCGAUGACCCGUGCAACCCCAACUACCCGCUGAUGAAGAAGCUGCGCGGCGUGCUCGUGGAGCGCGCGCUGGCCAAUGGCGUGGCGGAAUUUGACGCGGAGACCUCCGUGUUCGCCAAGGUGGCCAGGUUCGAGGAGGAGCUGCGUGCGGCAUUGCCCGUGGCGGUCGAGGCGGCGCGUGCCGCGGUGGAGAGCGGCACGGCUGAAGCGCCCAACAGGAUCGCCGAAUGCCGCUCGUACCCUCUGUACCGGUUCGUGCGCCAGGAGCUCGGCACCGUGUAUCUGACCGGCGAGAAGACAAGGUCGCCAGGGGAGGAGCUGAACAAGGUGUUGGUGGCCAUCAACCAAGGCAAGCACAUCGACCCGCUGCUCGAGUGCCUCAAGGAGUGGAACGGCGAGCCCCUGCCCAUUUGCUAAGCUCAUAGUACUAGUACCAAACAAUUAAGGAGAUCAAUUAGAAAUCAAAGAGAUGAUCAAUUUUUUUCUUCUAAUGCUAAGGUUCUUAGUUCUAUGUAUACCGCCAAUUGUAAGUUUCCAAGUAUCAUGAAGAGUUCACAAUUUUUAUUUUAA